UCGUACGCCCGCCCGCUCGCCCGCGAUGAUGGCUGCUACGGUGGGGAGGCAGAGCCUCUCGCCCACGGCUCCCAGUUAAUACCCCAAGGGCGCAAUGGAGCCCGGCGGCCCCGAAGAGCCCCCGCGUCUCCUGCAGUUACUGCGGAAACUCAAGGAGGUCUUUGAUGUGUGUGACGAAGACGCUGACGGCUUCAUCCGGGUGGAACACUUCGUCGCCCUCGGGCUGCAGUUCGGCCAGGGGGAUGAGGUGGAAAAAUUUGCCAAAUACUUGGAUCCAAAUGAUCUGGGCAGGAUCAGCUUCAAAGAUUUCUGCCAUGGAGUAUUUGCCAUCAAAGGCUGUGAAGAGUUACUGAAAGAUGCUUUAUCUGUUGAAAGUCUUGGACUUCGGCACUAUGAGACGGAAUAUGUGGAUUACUACUAUCAGGGCACUGAAACCCCAGAGAGUAGCUACGGGGACCGUGAAAGUGCCUUCAGCGAAUCAGAUCUCUUUCCAGAUGAAGACACCAUGACCCUGGCCCAGCAGGAAGUCCACCAUGAGUCUGAUAUGGACAGUGCCAUUGAAAGUAACCACAGUUCAGAAGCAUCAGUUGUAUGCAAGGUUGAGAAGGAUGCUGUGUUGAAUGGCCUCUUCCUGCCUGGAGAUAAAUCAAAUCUGCUGAACCCUGCAUCUUCUGAUCUUUCCACCUAUUCCACUGCCUCUCUGAUCAGUAAUGAAGAACAGUUUGAAGACUAUGGAGAAGGAGAUGAUGUAGAUUUCACCCCCAGCAGUCCUUGUCUUGAUGAUGAAAGCAGGACACAUGCAUAUUCUGACCUUGGCUCAUCUGUUUCUUCCAGUGCUGGUCAGACCCCACGGAAAAUGAGGCAUAUCUAUAACAGUGAGCUCUUAGAUGUCUAUUGCACCCAGUGCUGCAAGAAAAUCAACCUCCUUAAUGAUCUGGAAGCCAGACUGAAAAACCUAAAAGCCAACAGCCCAAACAGAAAGAUCUCUAGUACAGCUUUUGGCAGGCAGCUUUUCCACAACAGCAACUUCAGCAGUAGUAAUGGCAGCACAGAGGACUUAUUCAGAGACAGCAUAGAUUCGUGUGACAAUGAUAUCACCGAAAAGGUGACUUACUUAGAAAAAAAAGUGACAGAGCUGGAAAAUGAUACCGUAACAAAUGGGGACCUGAAGAGCAAAUUGAAGCAGGAGAAUACACAACUAGUUCACAGAGUGCAUGAGUUAGAAGAACUGUUGAAAGACCAGGAGACUUCAGCUCAGCAGACCCUGGAAGAAGAGAUCAAGAGGCACAGAGAAGCCUACAGCAAAUAUGAGAAGGAGAAGAGCACGGAGAUUGAGCUAUUAAACACACGGGUUCAGCAACUGGAAGAGGAAAACUGUGAGCUCAAAACCACUGUCCUACGACUAAAAUCACAAACUGAGAAACUGGACGAGGAGAGGCAGCGAAUGUCUGACAGAUUAGAAGAUACCAGUCUGAGGCUGAAGGAUGAAAUGGAUUUGUAUAAAAGGAUGAUGGAUAAACUGAGGCAGAACAGGCUGGAAUUUAACAAGGAGAGAGAAGCCACUCAGGAGCUCAUUGAGGAUCUGAGAAAGGAGCUGGAACACCUUCAGUUGUAUAAGCUUGACUGUGAGCGUCCCGGUCGAGGAAGAAGCUCUUCCAGCUUGAGUGAAUUCAACGCUAAGACGAGAGAAGUGGAAAUGGAACAUGAAAUUAAACGUCUAAAACAGGAGAAUCAAAAACUCCAUGACCAGAACGAUGACCUCAAUGGGCAAAUCCUUAGCCUCAGCCUUUAUGAAGCUAAGAACCUUUUCGCAACGCAGACAAAAGCCCAGUCACUGGCAGCUGAGAUUGACUCUGCCUCCAGGGAUGAGCUUAUGGAAGCCCUCAAAGAACAGGAGGAGAUCAACUACAGAUUGCGCCAAUAUAUGGACAAGAUCAUCCUGGCCAUCUUAGACCACAAUCCAUCCAUCCUGGAAAUAAAAAAUUGAAGAUUGGGGUGGGAAGGGAGGUGGGCAGAUAGGAUGCCUUUAGAUUCAAGUAUCUCUAUUUGCUAUGUAUAUGAACUUAUAAAUAUAUACAUAUAUAUAACUCUCUCAAUACACACGACAUACAAAAUACAAACACACACACAUAUAUAUAUUAUAUAUAUAUAUAUAAAUAGAAAAAAACUUGUGUGGAUACACAGGGCGUGUUUAUAUGAGCUUAGUAUAUUUUGUGACUCAUAAUUUGCAUCGAUCCAUUUUCCAUGCCCUUUCUCUGUGGGGAUGCUAGGGAUUGUAAUUGAAAAAUCACGAAACUGGAUUUUGCACUGUUUUAAGAUACUGGACAGAAAAAAAAAAUGAUACUACCUCUAGAUGAAAAGAUAAAACACGAUGGAAACUAACUUGUGCCAGGCCUUUUCCUAGCCUACAAACAAUACUGAGUGUUUAUGUCUUAUGACUUGCCUCCCUGUCAUCAUCUCGGAAAUAUCUUGUAUUAUCAGGUUGAAUUCUCACUGGUGCUGCUGGCUGUGUUGUUUUAACUUUGCCCGAGUUAUGCUUCUGAAGUCCUCUCCUUGGAUCGGAAUGUAUGUAUGGUAUUCCAGAAAAUUGACAAGUUUCUGCUUGAACCUGGGCUGUUUUAAUCAGAAAGAAAUUUCUACAUCUCGAACCCAAUUGGCUAUGAAUCCUUUGGGGUGGUGACCAGUCUAUUGUAUUCCAAGGGAAUCAGGGGUAGCCAAGAAAACAGUGGGUCCUGGGGUUCCAUAUUUUCUUGAACUUAUCAGACUAUUCCUGAGAUGCUUUUUCUGGCUUUGGGUUUUAUCGCAAGAUCACCAAGGACCUGGGAGACCUGGGAUCGUAAAUGUGGGAUGCAUCGGGGCUACAAAACAGUCCCAGCCGUGUUUCAGUUUCAGCAACAGCAUUAAAAAGUGGUACUUGCACAGAGCUAUUUGGUUCCACACAAACGGUUUGUUCAUUGAUGAGAACUCAGGGCUGUCACCAUAACAAAUAGAAGCCAAUUGUUUUUAAAUCACUUUGUUUUAUAUUGCUUCAUGGCAGCAUUUGCAAAAGCACCCUCUGCUAAUAAAGCAGUUAAGAAAUGGAGAAAGUUUGGGCUUUUUUAGGCAUUUUGUGGGUGACACUGACCCUGUUCUUAGAGACAAGGCAACAUUUUAAAUUGUUUUUUUACAGGUUUAGGAAAAAAGUGUUUGUUUAUAGACGCUAAUAUUUAUUUGAUGCAAUUUUGGAGUUUUACUGAAAAGUUUUGCCUACUUCACUGGGGGUGAUUAGCACAGAAAAGCCAGAAACGACUGUUCAUUGGGCAUCACAGCUUCCUGCAGUUACAGGAAAAUACUCAGCUCACUUUGUGCCAUCAAUAAAUAUUCUCACAUUGAUUCAGGCUGUUCAUGUCUUCAUGUCUCUUGCCCUUGCUAUCAUCAUCACCACCACCUCUUCCUCCUCCCUUUUUCUUUUCAGUUUUGCUUCUGUAACAUAAGCAUUCGUUUUCAGAGCAAAUCCUCAUGACGUUUUGUAUAUCACUACCCAGGCAUGCUCUAAAGAAAUCUGUAAAGUUAAGUGAAGGCUUGUGCAGGGACCAUGGCAGGAAUGAGUUUUGUCUUUUCACUUAAAGAUUUGUCCAUUCCUGUCUGAGAUGUGUUUUGAUUAAACAAAAACAAAAACAAAAAAACCCCAGGCUUUAUGUGCAUUGCAGUAAUAUUCUGGUGCAUGAAUAUGUGCAGUCACAUGCAUGUGAGAGAAGACGAGUGUGUUAUUCUGUAAUGACUUGUGUGCAGGCUUCAUGGUCUUCCCACACCAAAGGUAGGCGCAAGAUAUCCUCCCUGGAUAUCUGCAUUACAGUUCCAUAAGCCCUGUUCAGUAUAAGUGGUCCAAGUAUGAUGUGAUCUCUAAAAAUAUCUAGGAAGCCCCAAGAUUGCCUUUCCCAUCACACGUGAAAGGGAACUGCAUGCUCUGUGUAAUGGAUAAAAAAACUCUAUUGGUUCAUAUGUAUUUUCUUUCAUAAGCACAUUUCCACUUUCAAAUUAAGCUCUGUUUUUUUUUUCCCUCCGUGCGGUGUCCUGAGUAAAGUUUGCGUAAUUAAUUUGAGAGUCUCUUCAAAGAAAAAGAUUGAAUCUGAGGUUACUGUAUCAGUUGAAGCUUCUAAGGAUUGAAACCCGUUUCCAAAUUAUGUGUCGGGAUGGUAUAUAAAUUAUAACAUUAUGUUGUACUUAAGUAUUUCACAUUCAAACAAGUGUUUCUGCAGAAGUAUAAAUCUCAUGGGGGGGGGACACUGUGCAUGUGGGGUCACAGCCUUGUGUUUAUUGGCUGUGUUUUCUUAUUAGCAAGAGCGCUAAUAGUUAACGCGAGGUGAUAUUUGCUAGAGCCAGCCAUUACUUUUUACUCAACAUCUCAACUUGUUCUAAUACCUCCUUUGCUUUUGACCUUCUGCAUUUGGUGGGAAUGAAACUGAAUCCAUUGCAUCACUACCUCCUUUUUAGGUAGUCAAGUCACAAUCAAAUACAGGGGAAUCCUAAAUUCUUUUCCCAAUCAGCUUGCAUAGGCUGGAAGGAAUCCUGCUCCUGAAGGAACCACAUUCCCCCGCUUUUCUACAAUAUCUACCCCAGCAACACGUCCUUUCUCUGCUUGGGAAGGGAAGUUGAUACUUUAUGUAACAACCACAGACCUCUGGAGAAUUUAUGUUUUCAUGGGUUGCUUUUCAAGAGUGAGGUUAAGGCUACUUACUCCAGCUUGUUUUUGGUUUAUCCUGCUGAUAUUUUAAAUGGUGAGAGAGAGAGGAGUUGAUGACUUGGGGCAGGAAGCAAAAUGUAUCUGAAUGUUCUUGAAAGCUGAAAGAAUUGGGCAUGUUGACUUUGGAGAAGAUUGAGGGGGAGAAGUUCUGAGAGAGAGACAGAGGGAAAUCUCCAGGAGUUAGGAGGUGAAGAGGUGAAUGGAUAGAAACUGAAGGAAGGGUUUCAUAUGAAACACAGGAAUAAUUCUGACUGAGGAGAGCGAAGUGGUUUCCAAGAGAUGGCAGAAAGGCAGAUGAUUAAAUUGGUUUGGAUUAGCAAGCAUUGAGGGAAAGAAAUCUUCCCAAUGUGGUGCCUCUUAGGUCAAUGAUGCAUCUCACGGUAAACUAUCAUCCAGUCUUUCCAGAAAGCACCAAGUUGAGAAAGGCUGGAUUAGAUAAUCUGAUUCCCUUAUAAAUCAGGGGACUGCAUUAAAUCCUCUGCUACCAAACCUCAAUCCACACAUGGUUGUCUUUAAAUGAGUCUUUGUGUCCAUUUGCUUUCUUCUUUUCUCAUAGAUGACCCAUAGAAAUUCUGAAGCAAUGUUUUGGUGAUGUUUCUAAGAGCCAACAAUUUCUUUAGCUGGUUUGUUUGUUUGUAUUUAUAUGACUGCCUUUGCUUUAGCACAACAGGUUGUGAGAAAUAAAUGCAGAUAUCCGAGGCCUGCUUGUCAGCAUAGCUUGUUUAGAAUUCAUGUACCUGGACAUAAGUUUCUACGAAUGUUAACAUUUUCCAGCAUGACUUUAGAUCAGGAGCUGUUGAAAAAGGCUCUUCUGAUGAACAUGUUUGACCAGCAGUACAACAUUGUGUUAUAAUGCAGUAAUAAGGCCAAAAAGGAGGGGCCAUAGCACAUUAACAGAGGGUAACUGUUUACUUAUGGUUGAAUAUGAUGGGACCUUUUGAGACAGGUCCAUUUACAUGCCUCUGAGCCAAGGCUGCAAGAGUUGGGUGUCUUUAGUAGUGGAAAAUGGAAGCAGGGUGGAUUGCUGGAUUAUAUUGAAACUAUAACUGAUAGGCCUCUAGCUGAGAGAAAGUCACUAUUUCUGAAUAGGUAUGGAUACAUUUGUGCUAUACAAAAAAAGAUUGCCAUGCAGGACACAAAAAGGAGUGUUGCUAGUUAAAAUUGAGUUUAAUCUGUAGGCGCAAAACUUGUUUGCUAGGAAAAGUGUCCUAAUUUUAAAGUUUACAGAUGUUCCCAGUGAAUUGCAGGAUCUUUAUCACUGGAAGUGGGUUUUUUUUUUAAAGAUUUCAGCUGCUAGGAAUUUUGGAAGUUCACAUAUUUUAGAGGUUACCCCAGUAGGGACAAGUUUCAAACAGUAGUUCUCAUUCUACGCUCAAAAGAACACAAGGUUUUAUUUGCAGUGGUUCCUUAAGUAAAUUUCUGUCACUGUCUGUUGAGCAAAAUAAUUUGUCAGCUCCUGUAGAUCACCAGUGCAAGGUGCAUGUUGUAAAGAAGUCAGCCUAAUCCAUAUGCAAACCUGAGUAUGAGAGGCUGCUAAAUAGAUAGGAAUCACUUUUAGCAAAUGGGAUUUAUUAAUGGGAAUCUACCAAUAGUUCGUUUUCUCAACAUAAUUUCUCAUCACACUGUCAGAACACUUUUAUGCUUGCUUAGAUUAAAGUACAUUAGUAUAUGCUUGUCUAUUGAGCCAGGAUUUCUUGUGUAUUUAUACAAUGGGGCAAGGCACUGAUGUAACAAUCCAAACAUAGUUAGAACAAAUAGUUUGCUUUCACCUGAUCCAGCGGCUUUAAUAGAACUUCAGAAUUCUGCUAAGGUUGAGGAACAGCUGGUUGAAACUGAGACACUUGGUUCUCACUCUCCCUUAUUGGUUCUCGUCCCUACUUGUAGUUGUUGGGAGUGCCUUCAAUCCAGUUUGUAUUCUGUGAAAGCAAAAAAGAACAACUGCUUCUGUAAAGGCAACAAGAGUUCACUGGGCAACAAUUAAUCCCUGAGGUUAAAACAGUAACUUUCAAAACUUUUAGUAGGAUUUAAGACAUCCUGACCACCAUGGAUCUUACACUAAAGUUGUAGAUUUGAUUUUCCCCCCCAUUGAAAUCAUGAAUACAGUUGCAUAUUACAUUGGACAGGAUACAUUUGAACUGCUCUACUUUGAAUUCUACAAUAUGGGACGUUUAGUCCUGUAUCCAUUAUUUAAAAUUGUGAAUUUUAGGAAAGCAUUAUUCAUCUGGGCAACAAAUGAACUAGAAAUUUCCUAUCCAGUAGUCUAUGUACUAGGGCACAAGCUUAAAUCUCUCAAUGAAAACUAAAAUGUUAUCAAAAUACGUUUAAUUUUAAGAAAUGAUCAGUCAGUCUGAAUUCCAAAACUCAGAUUCUGAAUUUUAGCUUUCAAAUAAUGAUAGAAGCCUUGACAACUAUUAUCUGGCUUUUGAGUUUUCAGUUAUGGGAUAUGAGGAGAAAGAAAAUAAAGAGAGGCUAAAACAAAGUUGUAGGUUUUAAAUCUGAGCUGCUGCUGAUAUUUUGGCUUAAAUAGCAUUGGUGGCUCUUCUUCCUUUAGGACAAAGAACUGGCUGCACAUAUUCUUCUCGUUUCUGCAUUCCCAAAGCAAUGAUCACCUGUAGCUAAAUUUUGUUUCUGGCAAAGUGAGGCCCUUGUAGCAACCCCCUCUUUGGCUGAUAAACGAGAUCAAGUUGACUUUCCUUUGGCUGUGAUUGUAUUUCUGGCAAGAAAAAAAGAUAUAGCUUCGUUGGAACCCGAGAUAGGAAAAACGAGUGUGUUAUUCCCCAUUCUUGUACUUCUGAAGUGGCAUGUCAACACCUCAGAAUUACAGAUAGCGGCUGUUCAGAAUGCCCAUGCAUGUACAUAAGUAAGAUGACAAGAGGAAAAGAUUGGAACACUUCACCAUUAAAGACCAGAGCUAUAAUUAUGCAAAUCCUCAGUUCAGAUUUAUCAUUGCUCACCCCAACUUAUGAAAUUAGUGAGCUGGUCUUUCAAAAUGAGCAGAGCAAGAAAAAAAAUAAGCAUCUUUGAUCUGUAUGUUACAAGGCAGUAGCUAUGUUCAAUUUCCAAUGUGUUUUGGUACUGAUAGAAAUUGAGAAUUGCUGUAUUUUUUUAUUGUGGGAACCACUAUUGUAAUUUCGCUUUAUUGCACAGAAUGUAGUUAUGUGUAAGGAUUGGAUUUUUUUUAAAAAAAAAAUAUUUUGCAUGAUUUUAGUAUUUUUGUGCCUUCUACUUGACUUUGUACAGAAUUCAUGUCUAUUGAAAUUCAUGCUAUUGGCCACAGGUUUUAUAUGUUCGAAGUCUUUUAUUUUUAUCCGAUCUUUAUUUUGCCAUCCCUACCCGAACAAUCUACUGUAAAUGUGUAUAUAUAAAAUAGAACUAAGUUUGUAUUUCAUGUGCCUCACUAGAAUGUAAAAACAAAAAAGAUGUAUUUGUUUUGUACAGAAUGUCUUUCUUUUACUUAGAUGCACUAAUUUUUGUCUGAGCACAUAGUGAAAUAACUGGUUAGCUCUAUUUUCUUUUAGCAUUGCUAUGUUAAAUGGAAUUAUCUCUUGCCCUUUUGUAAAAAUUCAAUUCACAUUCAUUCGCUGUCACAUACACAAACUAUGAUCCUU